AUGUCAGAAAGGAAACAACAAGAACGAGAUAACAUACAAGUUUCAAUAAGAAUAAAGUACAUUAAAAAGACAUGUAACUAGACCCAUGUUUGAUGAAGGAAAGACGUGUAUUCGAAUUGAUCCAAACCUGAAGAAUACUAUCAUCAUAGAAGGAUAGAAUCAGUAAGAGUAGAAAUUCUUCUCGUUUGAUAAUGUUGCUGGACCAGAUACUACAUAGGAGGAUAUCUUUUAGAUGAUUGGAGAACAAUAAGCCAGCAAUUGUUUAGAAGGUAUGAUUAACUGUAAUUUUAGGCUACAACGGAUGUGUGUUUGUAUAUGGUUAGACAGGGUCAGGCAAAACUUAUACUAUGACAGGGACACCUCAGUAGCCAGGACUAUUACCACGUAUAAUUGAUUAUCUCUUUGGAUGCGUCUUUGAGGACUAAGCAAAAGAUCCCUCAGUUGAAUACUUAAUCAAGUGCUCACAUCUCGAAAUUUAUAAUGAACACAUUAUCGAUCUUCUUAAUCCUGAUUUGGGUAACUUGCAACUGCGAGAGGAUCUAAAUAAAGGAGUAUACGUUGAGUUUCUGACUGAAGAAUGUUGUUCCAAUGUUGUAGAGGCCAUGGAAGUAGUCUAACGAGGUAAUGAAAAUAGACAUAUCUCAUCAACUUAAAUGAAUUUCGAAUCUUCCCGUUCACAUAGUGUUUUUACUGUAUAAUUGGAAUCAAGAAGAUAAAGUCAUUCACUAAUCAAUCAUAGAUUUUCUAGAUUUCAUUUUGUAGAUCUGGCUGGUAGUGAACGAUAGAAACACACCUAAGUUUAAGGUGAUAGACUUCGUGAAGGUUGCUAAAUUAAUAGAAGUCUUCAUAUUCUCGGCAAUGUUAUUAAUUCACUAGUGGAAGAUAAAGAAUAAAAUAGAUAUGUUCAUUAUCGUGAUUCAAAACUUACAUUCUUACUCAAAGAUUCUCUUGGAGGCAAUUCCAGAACUCAUCUAAUUGCGAAUAUACAAUAAUCAAAUUUAUUUUAUUAAGAAACACUUUCUACACUUUAAUUCUCUAAAAGAGUUAAAUAAGUUAAAAAUAAAGCUAGAGUUAAUGAAGAUGAAAGUGGGUCAUUGGAAAGUCUCAAAAAUGAAAUCAAAAGAUUAAAAUAAGAAUUAGCCAAAUGGAUAGUAGGUCUCUAAUCUACUUCUAAAUUAGCAGAAUCUCCAUCUAAAUAAAAUUUUAGUAAUAUACUCAUCAUAAAUUAGUUAUGCAUAAUAUCAAUUUUGAAGAUCUUAAUGCUAAUGAUUAAAGAUAUAUUAAACUAGAAGAAAUACUCAAAGUAUAUCUUGAAUAAUCUACUGAGAGUGAAACUGCUCUACAUUUAGAAAUUGAAAAGUAUUUGAGUGGAAUUAAAGAAUUAAGAGAAGCAUUUUAAUUAAGUUCUUAAUUGGAAUAAUAAUUAAAAUUAAUCAUUAGAUUGUAGAAUGAAUAAAUUGUGAGAUUGAAACAUGCUAAUGGAGUUGAAGAUUUGUCUAAUGAUUAUUAAGAAGAACUCUCCAAAGCUCUUUUAAGUUAAGCUGUAGUAAUGAAGAAAUUCUCUGAUAGUCUUAGAAUAAAAGAGGGAUCAGCUAAAAAUGUAGAAAAAGCUAAAUUAUAAAUAAAUGAAAAUGUAUAAUUACUUAAUACAAUUGUAUCAACUGUUAAUGUAAUUCAUUAUAUUUAUUCAUUAAGGGAUCUCUAGAUGAAAGAAAGAAAUUAUAAAAAUAAAUUUAAUCAUAACUUUCUUAAGUUUAUGUACCAGUUGAAGAAUUUACUUAAUUACAAAAUGAAUAAGAAAAACUUAAUGAAAGAUUAACUAAAUAAGUAGAAAAAGAAGAAAAAAUUAAAUAGACUCUUGAUAAAAUGGGUAUUACAUUAGAUGCUGAAGAAGAAAUUAAAAUUAUUGAUCAUAAAUAAAGAGAUUUAACUUUAGAUUAAUAAAAUGAAUAAUUAGAAUUGAAGAGUAGAGCUGUUGAAUAAUUAAAUUAAUAAUUAUUAUAAAAAGAAUAAGAGAUAAAUUAAAUUGUGGAAUAAAAUCAGAAAUAUAUAUAAGAAGCUAAUUAAUUAAAUGAAUAAAUAUAAGAAAGUAAAAAAGAAGUUUAAUAAUUACAUCAAUAACUUUAAUCUUAAUAAUUUUAAUUAGAGUAGGCAAAAUAAUAAUAAGACACUUUGAUUAAUACUGUUGAUUAAUAUAAGGUUGAGAAUGAUUAAUUAAAAUAAAAAAUUAUUGUUUUGUAGAAUGACAAAGAAAAUUAAUAAAUUUAAAGUAAACAAAAUAUAGUAGAAUUAAAUAAUUCUUUAUUAGAAUAAAAGUAAUAAAAUGAAGCAUUACUUAUAUAAUUAUAAAAGUCAAUGAAAGAAUAAAAUGAUUUAAUUAAUUAAAUUCAUUCUAGCUUAACAGAAAAUAGUGAACUUAAAGAAUAAAACCUUAUAAUGACUAAAGAAAAAUAAGAUAUACAAUUAUAAAAUAAAAUAUAAAUUGAUGAUUUAUUGAAUUAAAUAUAAUAAUUAAUUUAAUAAUAAGAGUAAUAAGAAUAAUAGUAUUAAAAGGAAAUUCAAAAUGUUUGUAAUAAAUAAAAAAUAGAAUAAAUUAAUAUUUAAAAAGAAUAUGAAAGUUAAUUAUAAAAUGUAGUAAAAUAACAUUAAGUUGAAAUUGAAUAAUUGAAGAAUGAAAAUCAAAGAUAACUUGAUUAAUUUGUUAAUCAAUAAGAAAUAGAGAUUUAAACUUAAAUUAAUUUAUUAUAAAAUUAAAUUAAAUCUUUGAAUUUAGAAUUAACUUAAACAAAAUUGUAAUUAGAAAAUAGAAAUAAAGAUUUUGAGGUAAAUUUUAUUUUAUCUUUAGCUUCUAAAAGAAAACUAAGAUAAAUUAGAAUAUGAAAUUGAUUAAUAAAGAAAUGACUAUGAAUAUUAACUUGAAGAUAAAUAAGUUUAAUUUGAAGAACUCUAGUAAUAAUAAAAAAAAGCAUUAGAACAAAAGGAAAAAUAAUUAUAAUAAUAAAAGAAUGAUUAUGAAAAUAAAAUUCAAUAAAAAGAUUAAGAGAUUGAGGAAAUCAAAUAGCAAUAUGAAGAAUUAUUAGAUGAUAAUAAGAUACUUAUUAAAUAAUAAGAAUAAGAGCUUUUGAUUAAAAAAGAAGAGUUGAAUCAAGCUGUUUAAGAGUUGAUAAUGAAACAGGAAGAAUAUAAAGAAUAAUUAUCUCAGGUUAAUGAAAAGCAGAAAGAAUUUGAAAAUAAUUGUUUUGAAUUAAGAAGUAAGGCUAUACCAGAAAAAGAUUAAGUAAUUGAACAAUUGAAAGCAGAUGUAGAAUAGAAAGAUUAUGAAUUGUAAAUUCAAAAUGAAGAUUUCAUGAAUCAAUAAAAUCUUCUUUUUGAAAUAAUCAAAUAAAAAGAUAAUGAAAUAAUUAAAUUAUAAGAGGAUCUUGAUGAUCAUAGUAAUAGAUUAACAGAGGCAUCGAAAGUAAUAGAUAAAUAUUCUAAUUGUAAUUCUGAAUUAAAAGGAACUAUAGAUUAAUUAAAUCAUCAAAUAGAAAAGUUGUAAUAAACAAUUAAUGAUUUGUAAAAUAAAGAGAAUACAUCUACUUAAAUUCAUAAUGAAAAAAUGAAAUCUUUGAAUGAGAUACUAAAAUCUAAAUAAAGUGAAGUUGAUAAUUUACAAAUGAGAUUAGAAGCUGAAGAUAAUGUAAAUAAAUAAUAGACUUAACAGAAUACUUAAUAGAUAAAAAAUUUUGAAAAAAAAAUUAAAGAUUUAGAAAAGGAAAAAUUAAUUUACUAAGAAGAAAUUGAUAAGAAGGAAUAAUUUAUAAAUUAAUUAGAAUAGAAAUAACAAAAUUAAUUAAAAGAAAAGGAAUAAGGAGCUAAUUAAUUAAGAAAUUAAAUUAAGGAUUUGUAACAAUAAUUGAUAAUUAGUAAUCAAGGAAUAGAGGAAUAAAAGAUUUGGGUUAUUCAUUAUAAAAAAGAAGUAGAUAAAUUAAAUAAGGAAGUAUCUUUAUCUUAAUAAAUUUCUUAAUAAUAUUAAAGUGGAAAGAAUGAAAAUGAUCAAAUAAAAUUAGAAAAUCAAAAAUUAAAUAAAUUAUUGGAUAAUUAUUAAUAAUAAAUGACAUCCAUUAAGAAAGAGAUUGAUUAAUCUAAAAUAGAAAAGACUAAAUUAAUUGAAUAAAUUUCAUUAUAAGAAAAUAAGAUAUUAGAAUUAGAAGAGAUUAAAUUAUAAAAGUAAAUAUUAUAAGGUAAAGUAACUGAAUUAUAGAAAUGUUAAUCAGAUGUUCUAUAAAAAUAUCAAUAGUCAUAAGCUCAAUUACAUACUUUACAAGAUGAUUUAUAACAUUCAAAAAAAGAAAUAUAAGAAAUUAAAUAAAAGAAUAAGGUAUUAGCCUAAUAAUAAUAAAAUGAAUUGUCAAAAUUCAAUGAAGAAAUGAUGGCAAUUUAAGAAGAAUUAGAAUAAAGCAGAAAAAUUUAAAUGGAAAUAAAGAAGUCUGAAUAAGAGUAAAGAGAAUAGAAUAUUUAAUUAAAAUAAAAUUAUGAAAAAUUGGUUAUAGAAAAUUAAUAAUUACAUAAUUAAAUAGAAGAUAUAUAAUAGGAUAUAAAUUAUGAUAAGGAAGAAAUUUUGAAGAAGGAUGAAACUAUUUACAAAUUAUCUGAUUAAGUGAAAUAUAAAACUUAAUAAUUAGAGGCUCAAAAUUCAUUGAUUAAUUAGGUUGAAUAAAAUAAAUUAAAUCAAACUAAUUAAAUAUUGUAAUAAUCAAACUAAUUGACAAAUCUAUCUAAAGAAUUAUUUUCAUUAAAACAACAAUUAUAAAUUAAUGAUACUUAAAGUGAAUCCUAUAAAAGAGAAGUUGAAAGAUUAAGAAGAGAAUUAGAAUUUUAAGUAAAAUAAGUUGAAGAUUAUAAAUAAUAAACAAAAAAAUUUUAAUAGUAAUUAGAUUUUGAGAAAAAACAUAACUAAAAAUAAAAAGUUUAUGAAGCAUCUGAAUUGUUAAGUAAAAUUGAUAAUACACUCUCUCCAAUAAAAGGAAUUAAAGUAAUUUAUAUUAUUUAUUUUAAGGGAUAAACUCUUUAUGGUAGUUCAGAUAGUAAAACUUAAAAAAGAAUUUUCUAAUAAAAAACUCCAUAAAAGGAAUAUGGAUUUUAAAAUUCUAAUAGUGCUUCUAUGCUUAAUGCUUCAUUCAAUUCAUAAGAUUAAUUGACCAAAGAAAACAGAAAACUCAAAUAAAGUUUAGAGUAGAAAAUGAAAGUAAUUUAUUGAAAUAAAAUAAGAUUAUUGAAUAAUUAGAAUAAGCUUUAUUAUAAAGUGAGUAAACAUUAAAGGAAGUUCAUGAAAAGGCUAAUCAAUUUUGCUAGCAAUAAGAAGAUGAAAUAAAAUAAAUUAAAGAUUAAUAUUCUAGACUUGAAUAAGAACAUAAUGCGAUAUUAGUAAUUGUAAUUAUUAUUGUAGGCUGAAAGGGAAUAUGAAAAUUAAUAGAUAAGCAAAUAAAAGGAAUAAGCUUUGUUUAAAGUAUAAAUUCUAUAGGAUGAGGUAUUGAAAUCAAAGAGAGGAUCUGUAGGAAGUCAACACGUUCCAGGAUCAAAGUAUUCUGAAACUGUUUAAGAUAUGUCAAUGAGGGAAACACCAUCCUCAUCACAUAGAUAUAGACCUUCAGAUGGAUCAUUUAAAUCUUAUUAUGGAAUUGAUGCUCAUUCAAAGUUAAUUUAUGACACUGUAAUUUUUAAAUAUAUAAUUAUUAUAGCAAAAACUCUUACUAGAAAAUUAACGAUUAAAUAGUCAAAUGUGUAAAUUAUAUCAGAUUUUGGGAUUGGAUAAAAAUAGAUCAAAUAAACUAGGAGAUGGAGAGAAGAUCAUCUAAUCAGUUCAAUUAUUAUUAUAAGAAGUCAUUGUAUAUAUAACAUUUUUAAUAAUUUAAGGAUUGCAAAUAAGAAAUAUAGAAUUUGAUUUAAGCUCAACCUACAAGAAGUUUAAAAUAUUAAUCAAUGGAGAAAGAAUUAUUAUAAACCAAAUAGAAAUAUUAUGCAGUGGAAAGGAGUCCUAAAUUUUGGAAUUCUAGCAAUGAUACUCCAAAAGCUAAAUUCUUUAAUUACUCAAAUUCUUCAGGGAAAUGA